CAAGACGAGGUCUGUGAGAGACCGUCUUGGUGCACUUUGUCACUUUUCGAGAGUACCUCAAGCGAUGCUGGCGAUUAAGAAGUUGUGGCGAGGACAAGCAGCAGUCACUCAAUCCGCACGUCGCAUUUUCUCUGGUGCUUCCGUGUCUGGAAAGCAAGCUGACAAACUCGGGCCGGUCACCUGGAGCAGCUUGGCGUUAGCGGGUGUUGUAGGCAGCGGAGCCGUGUAUUACUACCAAUCUGAGAAAGACCGUCUUCAGACUCAGUCCAAGUCCACGGUAACUUUUGUUGGAAAGCCAAUGCUGGGAGGGCCAUGGACACUUGUAGACUGUGACACUGGACGCGCAGUGACGGAUGCAUCAUUCCGAGGCAAGUUAUCACUGUUGUAUUUCGGCUUCACCCACUGUCCAGAUAUCUGUCCAAAUGAGUUGGUGCGCAUUGGCGACGUGUUGGACAAGCUGGAGAUUGACAAGGGCGAAGUUGUGCCGUUGUUUGUCACGGUUGACCCAAAGCGAGAUACAAUUGCUCAGAUGCAAGCCUACAAGGUUGAUUUCCACCCCAAGUUCAAGAUGCUCACGGGAACUCGCGAGCAAGUGGCUGAUAUUGUCCAGGCUUAUCGCGUAUACUUCUCCAAGGCGGAUGAGAAUGACGACGACGAUGAUGAUUAUCUAGUGGAUCACUCUAUUGUGAUGUAUCUGGUUGGCCCCGAUGGUGAGUUUCUCGACUUCUUUACGCAGAAUACUCGUGUUGAAGACAUCGCUGCCAAGAUUAAAAUGUACAGUUGAGGUUUCAGUUCGCUUAAGUAAGGAAGAAAAAGUAAGCAAGCUUGAAGUGAAAAGCUCAUCUUCACACCUUCCGUACAAAUACUGUCAAGUCUAACCAUUUUGAACUGCAU